CGCCGGAGAAAGAACAGCAGCAACAACCUUGACCUAACGUGAUGUGCAGAGGCGAAUUGGCCAUCUAAAGCCUGUGUUGUUUGGGUGAUCGUGCGGAGGAGAAAUUCAGCUCGGAGCGAUCGCGCGUCGUCUGCUUCACUCCGUGGCAUCGUCUGAUACGAACGUCUGAUUUGCAGCCGGCUCCUGUUGCGUCAGAUCGUAUUCUACUUCGAAUCACCGAACGGAGCCGUCGCAACAGGAAGUGCCGGAUCAACCGGAGCUCUCAUCGUCGGCUGUCCAAAGUUCGCGCGCAGGAUGGACUACCUGAGGGAUCCGAGGAUCUGCAAGAACCUGGCGUUCAGCGCCCGUGACCGUGACAACAUGUCCCUGCGCGGCCUGAUCCCGCCGGCCGUGCGUUCUGUGGAGACCGAGCUGCAGGCGGUCAUGGACAACAUCAAGCUGUACGAGUCGGGGCUCGCAAAGUACCUCUACCUGCGGGAGCUGCACGACUACAACGAGAAGCUUUUCUUCCGCGUUCUGAAGGAAUACACCGAGGAGCUGAUGCCUCUGGUGUACACGCCCGUGGUGGGCGAGGCCUGCCUCAAGUACAGUCUCAUCUACCGUCGUCCCAAGGGGCUUUUCCUGACGGCGCAGGACGCCGGCAAACUUUACGAUGUGCUCGGAAACUGGCCCGAGAAACAGGUCGACGCCAUCGUGGUGACGGACGGCGAGCGCAUCCUGGGCCUAGGCGACCUGGGCGCCAACGGCAUGGGCAUCCCCGUCGGAAAGCUCGCCCUGUACACGGCUCUGGCCGGCAUACAUCCCGAACGGACGCUGCCCGUCAUGCUCGACCUCGGCACAAACAACGAGAUUCUGCUAGCCGACCCGUACUACAUCGGUCUGCGUCAGAAGAGAAUCCGCGGCGCCCAGUAUGACGACUUCGUGGACGAGUUCAUGCAGGCGGCCGUCAAGAGAUUCGGAAAGAACUGCCUGAUCCAGUUCGAAGACUUCGGCAACCGAAACGCCUUCAAGCUGCUCGCCAAGUACAAGAACAGCUACUGCACCUUCAACGACGACAUUCAGGGCACCGCGUCGGUGGCUGUGGCCGGUCUCCUCGCCAGCAUGCGCAUCACCAAGACACCGCUGUCCUCCAACAAGUUCCUCUUCAUGGGAGCCGGAGAGGCUUCCCUGGGCAUCGCCGAGCUGCUCGUCAUGGCCAUGGUCAAAGAGGGCGCCACCGAGGCGGAUGCCAGAAACAGCAUCUGGAUGCUCGACUCCAGAGGACUCAUUGUCAAGAACAAUCCGCCGAUCAAGGACCGGGCCCCGAACGGCGACAGCACGCAGUCUCACAAGGAGAAGUUCGCCAAGGACGCCAAGCAGAUGAACAACCUCCUCGAGAUCGUCAAGUUCGUCAAGCCCACCGUUCUCAUCGGUGCGUCGGCGCAGAGUAACGCGUUCAACAAGGAGAUCUUGGAGUGCAUGUGCGCCAACGCCGAGCGACCCGUGGUGUUCGCCCUGAGCAACCCGACGCACAAGGCCGAGUGUACCGCCGAGGCUGCGUACACAUACACCGACGGCAAAUGCGUGUACGCCAGUGGCAGCCCAUUCCCGCCGUUCAAGUACAAGGGCAAGACCUUCUAUCCGGGACAAGGCAACAACGCGUACAUCUUCCCCGGCAUCGCCCUCGCCGUGUCCGCCUGCGGAGUCACCACCAUCGGCGACGAGGUCUUCCUCAUAGCGGCCAAGACGGUGGCCAACACAGUGACGGAGCAGAACCUGAACGAAGGGCGCGUCUACCCGCCCCUCUCGGACAUCCACGACGUGUCCCUGAACAUCGCCGCCGAGCUGGCCUCCCACUUCUACGCCACCGGAGUGGCAACCGUCAAGCCCGAGCCCAAGGACAAGAUGGCGUUCUUGCAGAGCAAGCAGUACGACUUCAGCUACCCCGGUACCGUCAAGGUCAAGUAGACGGCGGCGACGGCUCCACACCAUCUAUUUCUCGUUGUAUUUUUUUUUUUGAGUUGUCAUCGUUCAGUCUGAAGAAGCUCCAACGUCGCUCGCAGACGUUGGAGCACGCUUGCAGACACGACGUCUGCAAGCGUGUACGCGCGUCUUUCAAGCACCGCCCCGUGUAGUACUGCACACAACAAUCGAAUUACUUAUAAUACUAUACAGACGACAAUUACAAGAAUCAAGACAGAACUAACGGCUCCAGAUAUGGCGUCACUGUAUGGCUGUGACCUUGCUUGGUACGAAGAGAUAAAUCAGAUAAGACCAAGCACUGCUUUAUAGGCCUUCCUGGAUUCAAGUAAUGGUCGUUCUGCUUCACUAUUUUGCCCCGGUGCCCUUCCAGUUAGCCUCGUUUCAAUGACGUGGCUCAGUGCACUAACGUGUUGUUACGUGGGGCGAUUGGAGGAUUCGAUCAGGAGUCGCAGCUCACAUAAGGCAUUGUGAAACUCUUUACGAGCUUACCACACAUUAUUUUUUAUCGAAGCGCGAAACACAUCAUCAUUUCUUUCUGCACGGUGUUGCGGUUAGAUAGGUUUGGUGGCUGGAUUACUAAGUGAUCGUACGCAUCCGUAUAUUGGUAGAAACGAUAUUGGUUUGCGCAAAAAGUAAAAUGGGGGUUCAGUCGGUAAGGGGGGAAGGGAGAGGGGGAGGGGGCUUAAAUGUGAAGACGAAGGCAGAAUAUAUCGCAACCAUGGUUAUCAGUCUAUACGAUGAGCACCGAGGGAUUAAUUCCUUCAUUUGCUGGUUAAGUCAGACAUCGCGUGACCUUUCGUAAUGGCUUUUGAAAGUCCGGAUUGUUGGAACGACGCGUUUCGUGCUGGUCAUUAUUCAGCACAGUUUCAGUUAUAGCUGACACACAGACCUUACAAGGCUAGUUGAUUAGCGUGCAACCUGUACAACGUCUAUUUUCCGGGUGUCCUUUUAUUGCCAGAUUGUUGCGACGGUGAAGAACGCAGUAACCAAACAUUUAAUUAGAAAUAAUUAGCCUCGUCUUUGAGAGGACCCCAGCUGUGGCGUACAGUUCUCGCUGGGAUCAACGACGUCAAUGAAAUGCUUGAACUUAACGUAGUAUUUAACCAGUCUGACACGGUAUGACUUUUCAAAUUUCUAAUACGUUUUGUUUAGGAGAUGUUAGAUGGUGCCUCUGUGUUGCGCAGGAUACUUUUCACGGACUAUCCGAAAUAAUAAAAGCCACACACUAUUAAGAGAAGUCAGAUAAAGGUAUACUUAAUGUCAUCUCGUAUAAAUCAAACACUGGCUCUUACAGUCAAACUAUCAAAACGCAGCACACACAUAAGCGCGAAGUUCGGUCAUAUAGCAUCACAAAAGUUCACACACAAUCCAGUCCCACGUGCGAUGAUGUUGAGAGGUAUUCCUUGCGCUGCCGGCACAGCGAAGAACUAUGCCGAAGUCAUAAGCUGAGGUAUGAUAUUUGUUCUAGUAUUAUUUUCUUGAACGUCGUUUUAUUUCCUACAUAUACAAGAAGCAACUGUAGGAUUCGUGAAUCUGACCUGAGAGCGUUACGAACCAACUGCAACCCAGCCAAAAGUGUUAUUGACCCGAAAGGCGAUGCUGCCUUUGUUUUAAAAAUUGUGGAUGAUAAAGUUUUCCACCACUUGCUUAUUGUUUAAUCUUUAUUACCUCGGGUUACUUUCAUGGUGCAUGUGAAAUCUGUGUAUCUCUACUGCCAUCGUAGUUUCGAUCAAGUUUGUGUGCAAGUGUGUCUGUCACAUUUAUGAGUGGGAAAUAUUUACUUACAUAACACAGAGUUGUACUUACAGAAUGCAAUGCCGUCGCUGUGCUUAUAUAGAUAUACAAAUUUCACGUCGUUUUGGUUCUUAAUUUCGCUUCGCAAAUCUGAAAAAGAUUGCCCGUUCUAUUAUUGACUGUACUUUUCGAUCCAAACAUUUGCAAAGGAAUGUAAUUUUAUGUCGAACUCAUCACCUACGGCGCAAAUGUGCCUGCUAGAAACUCUGGUUUCGUAUUUUGUGGAGAACAAUAUUUACAUAUGCACGCCGCGACAUUGAUAAUUGUGUGCUGCCGGUCGACCAAUUAUGUGCAAGCACCAAACUAUGUGCUCCAAGGGGAAGGGCUAAAUUUUCCAACAAACACACAGAAAGACAUGACAGGACGGGCGCAUUUGCUGAAAAAUUUAGCGCUUGAUAAUAUAUAUCCCCUACAAGCCCCGCAACAUGUCUUGUUAAGGGUAGGGGGUGGGGGUGUGGUUGUGACGCAAAUUAACAACUUAAAAACUUAAUAUGUACUGGUGGGCUAGUCGGUGAGCCAAACUUAGAACGCCGCCUCUGCAUACUAUUCUAAGGAUGCAUCAUGCAAGAAUUGUUUCAAGCAACCCAGUUUAAUCAAACAAAACACGCUGGUCCCUUCACCAAAUGUGUCGUGUAGAAGCUUUUUCGUUCUAUGGAACAACAACUGAAAACCGGUGAGUGCGUGUCACAGUCGGGCUACGUAAAUACACACGACACUAGGUGCAAUAUUUAAUAUUCGUUCUGUGAUUCGGCGUUUCUAUACUGCGUGUUAUCACGAACAUAGUGUUUUUAAUAUGUCCAGUUCUUUCGUUUGAUUAUGAAAUUUCAGAUACAAUGCAUAAUAAGAGUGUUUUUGACGGGAUUAAGGAAAGUCGAUGACUGUUGUUUCUUAAAACAUAGCAGAUGUGCUUAUGCAGCGGGCGAAAAAGUGUUUUUGUAAAACUAUGUCUAGCCAUGUUUAUCUUGAUUUCACGCAAGUGAGGGCACGUGUUACGAUAAGUUUUCUUGUUCUUGCCCUUGGACAGAUAGAAAUAAUUAAGGUAAGUCUGAGAUCAACUUGUCUUGAAGCGUAACUGGAGUUUCGGCAGCACGAUCGCCUUUUGAUUUCAAUUUCGAUUGUAAUCAGAAUAUUUGAUCUUAUUUGAGUUUACCUAACUUUUUCUUGCCACCGCAAGAAAUUCGGAAUGUGGACGCUCAAAUAACUGGCUCUCUUUUUUAAGCGAGGCUGACGUCGGGAAACAGUAGAGCCUGUCGUAUCGAGAAAGUCAUACCGGUGAUUUCUCUAUGUGAAUUCUGAGGUUAACUUAAUUUCAGUUCACUCACGUCACAGACUUUGUCGCGGAUUCGAGAAGGUAACGUGUGUAACAGAUUAAAGGUUACGUGACGUCGUUGGCCAGCUAAUUAUGCGGAGAAUACAAUAACCUUUAUGCAAGCUGCCUCAAACAUAGCGGACUACAAAUUUUAACCAAUGCCCCAGUGCAUGUUGCUUCUGUUAUCCAAUAUUGCGACGUAAUUUUAUGAUAUCAGACAAGUAUCAAAUACAUAAAAAAGUAUCUCGAAAGAAAUAUCUAAGUGGAGGUAGUAAUACUAUUGCAGCAAAAGUAAGAAAAAAGCUAAUUACCCCAAGUUAUGCUAAGAGCGAGCUUAUUAAGCCAUGUCUUGCUAAGAACACGCCAAUUAACAUCAUGCUAAUUAAGACCAUUUUAAUGAAGCUGUGUCAUGGUAAGACCGUGCUAAUUAAGACCAUGCUAAUUAAGACGACGACCAGGCUAAUUAAGCUUACACAUGGUGUCGUUGCAGUUUUCGCGUUGCACUGUUGUAAUCUCAACUUUUGUGUAUUCACCUUGUUUUCGACUUCUUUUUUUUUCAGAGAUGUGAUAGCUCCAAAUGUUAAGCUAUAUAUUGUAGCGAUUCUCAGCGAGUCGAGAUUAUUUACAAGCGCUGAGGACGUUGUAGCGUUAUUUAUUCUAAAAUCAGAGCGUUGUUACAUAUAUUAUCUUUGUCUUGUCACAAUUCACUGAUAUAUUUGUAAGUGUACUGAGAAUAUAAAAGUAGAAUAAAUAUUACAAGUAUAUACUGGC